GGGCAAAUUUGGGGAAGUUCACACAUGCACGGAGAAGCAGACAGGGCUCAAGCUGGCGGCCAAAGUGAUCCGGAAGCAGUGCCCCAAGGACAAGGAGAUGGUGCUGCUGGAGAUCGACGUGAUGAACCAGCUCAACCACCGCAACCUCAUCCAGCUUUACGACGCCAUCGAGACGCCGCGGGAGAUCGUCCUCUUCAUGGAGUUCGUGGAGGGUGGCGAGCUCUUCGAGCGGAUCAUCGACGAUGACUACCAGCUGACGGAGGUGGACUGCAUGGUGUUUGUCCGGCAGAUCUGCGAGGGCAUCCGCUUCAUGCACCACAUGCACGUCCUCCACCUCGACCUCAAGCCUGAGAACAUCCUCUGCGUCGCUGCCACCGGGCACAUGGUGAAGAUCAUCGACUUUGGGCUGGCUCGAAGGUACAACCCCCAGGAGAAGCUGAAGGUGAACUUUGGCACCCCCGAAUUCCUCUCUCCCGAGGUGGUCAACUACGAGCAGGUCUCCUACUCCACGGACAUGUGGAGCAUGGGCGUCAUCACAUACAUGCUGCUCAGCGGUCUCUCCCCCUUCUUGGGUGACAACGACACCGAGACCCUCAACAACGUCCUGGCCGCCAACUGGUACUUCGACGAGGAGACCUUCGAGAGCGUCUCUGAAGAGGCCAAGGACUUCGUCUCAAACCUCAUCAUCAAGGAGAAGAGGUGCGAGGUCCCCAGGGGUCCUGGAAAAAACUUCAUCGGGGUGUGUGCUGCCAAUCGCUUCAAGAAGAUCACCAGCUCGGGGUCACUGACGGCGCUCGGUGUCUGA